AUGGCUUUGGUUGUUUCUGUCCGAUACUUGAUCAUCUCGGGUGGGCAACAUUUGGGUCCUAUCGCUCCCUCUCGGGGAAUACGUCAGGGUGAUCCUUUAUCCCCUUAUCUUUUCAUUAUUUGUGUUGAGGGUCCUUCUUCUCUCAUUCGAAAAUAUGAAACUAAAGGGUGGAUUAAAGGUUGUCAAGUUGCUCGGGGGGCUCCUCACAUCACUCAUAUGUUUUUUGCCGAUGAUAGCUACCUUUAUUGUCGGGCUCUAGAAAGUGAAGCACAAAGGAUUAUGACACUUCUUGAGAAGUAUGAACUUGCUUCUAGUCUGAAAGUGAAUCGUCAAAAGUCGUCCAUAUUCUUCAGCAAGAAUACUAAUUUGUCUACUCGGGACAACAUUUGCUCUAUUAUGGGGAUGCAUGAAGCUAGAGAUGAUGGCUUUUAUUUGGGGCUGCCUAACAUCAUGAAACAUAAUAAAAAUGCGGUGUUAGGAUUUCUUAAGGAUAAAAUGAGGAAAAGAGUUGAAAGUUGGGAUAGUAAGUUUUUGUCUCGAGCGGGAAAAGAAGUGCUUAUCAAAUUGGUUGCCCAAUCUCUACCAAACUAUACUAUGAGUGUGUUUCUAAUCCCAAAAGGAAUCUGUGAAGACUUAGAGCAAUUGAUGAAUAAAUCAGGUAUACAUUGGAUGAAGUGGGACCGAAUGUGUGAAGCAAAGGAUCAGGGAGGGAUGGGUUAUCGUCAUCUACAUGAUUUUAAUAUAGCUCUUCUUGGCAAACAAGCGUGGAGACUACAUAUGUAA